UGAUUCAUCGAACACAACGAAACGUGAUAUUCCUGAGGAAGAAAGAAAAUAGAGAAACAAUCUAGACAACCUCACGACCGAUGAUGAUGAGGACGAGGUGUUAUCGCAAUGAAUAGUCGAACAACCCUCGUCCCCAUUCCAGGAACUCCAGUUAUCACCAUGCGACGCUCCAAUAACUUUACGUGCUUGCUCUUGUCUGUGAUGUUCGUUCCGGCUUGCUUGAGCAGAGACACCAUAACAGUAGGCACAAUCACAUACCCGGGAGGAACCACUCUCGUGUCCGCCGGGGAGCGGUUUGAGCUCGGCUUCUUCUCUCCGAAUGGGAGAUCCGACUCCAGGAGGUACAUCGGAAUAUGGUUUUAUAGGUCGGACCCCAAGAUCAUCGUCUGGGUCGCCAACCGGGACGAGCCACUCGUCGGCCCCAACGCGUCCUUUGGGCUCGUGGACGGCAACCUAAAGCUGUGGAAUGAAAAACGACCGAUCCCGUUGACCAAUUUUUUAAGCUCUUCGAACCGGUUAGUGAAACUUCUCGAUUCAGGGAAUCUGGUGCUAAUUGAAGACGGGAGAGAGGAAUUUCUCUGGCAGAGCUUCGAUCACCCGACCGACACAUUCCUUCCGGGGAUGCGGAUGACUGAAAACUUCAUGUUGACUUCUUGGGCAAAACAGGAUGACCCAAGACGGGGGAACUUCACGUUCCAAAUGGAUCAACAAGGCGGCAACAACUACGACUUGAUCCAAAACCUGAUUCCUUACUGGAAAAGUGGGGUCUACGGUAAGUUCAUACAAGCCGAUCAGAUGUUGGACGUCAUCUCUUUCUUGCUCUCCAAUUUUACCACCAGCACCACUGCUACUUCGCUGCCAGCCGGGACUAGUCCAGCUUGGCCCUACGAAAACAUAACCCGGCCUUCAUUCGAGUACUACAACAACAGCCGGUUGGUUAUGAACUACAACGGCCGGAUUCAGUACUUCAGGCGAGGAAAUGGGUCAAAGCCAGUCUGGUUCGAGCCGGCGAGCCAGUGCAGUGUGCUCAGCGUAUGCGGCAAGUUUGGUAGCUGCAGUGAUGAGAAUGGCAACGAGACCAUGUGCAGGUGCUUGCCAGGUUUUGAGCCGGCGCAGCAAGAUAAGUGGAGCUCGGGGGACUUCUCUAAAGGGUGCCGCAGGAAGUCGCCGAUAUGCGCAAAGAACAGCGACCAUAGAGCUCAUGAUUUCUUGAGUUUAAAGAAGAUGACGGCCGGGUGGCCGUACGUGCAGAUUUCAGUAGACAGCGAGGAGCAAUGCAGGCAAAAGUGCCUUGAUUUCUGCAGUUGCCAGGCCUACUCGAUCGAGGAGGAUCUGCUCCAAAGGGCAGAGAGGGGCAACUUGGCGUGCUAUACUUGGUCGGGCGAUCUCGAGAAUAUUCAGGAGUCUGCCCCAAAUGGUCGCAACCUCUAUGUCCGAGUUCCGCUUUCAGACAUAGAAUCUACUAGGAGGGGUUGUAAAACUUGCGGCACAAAUUUAGUCCCCUACCCUUUAAGCACGAAUUGGAGCUGUGGCGAUCCAGUAUACACUGCAUUUAGCUGCGACAAUGAAACUGCGCAGCUUUACUUUGAACGGCCCCAACGUAGCUAUAGAGUCACUAGCGUCAAUCCAGAAGCUCGAACAUUUACCAUCCAAGUCAAUGCAUCGGACUGCACAAGUAUCGGUCAAAUGGAAAUCAAUCUGCAGCUUGACCAGUCCUCACCAUUUCAUGUGAGUCGCGGGUGUAGUGGAGAACAGAGUGGCUCCAGCGCAGGAGGCUCUUUGGGAAGGGUUUGGUCGAGCGAAAUAAAAAUUGUGUGGAGAAAUCCAAAGGAGCCGAUUUGCAAUUCGUCCGAAGACUGCGAUUGGCCAUAUGCAACUUGCAAGAAAGCAUCGGACGGAAUAAAAAGGUGCCUCUGCAACUCAGGAUUCAAUUGGAAUUCUUUCAACAUCGGUUGUUCUCCAGCAGUGGCAGGUUAUAACGUUGAACGAGGAGGAUCAUCAGUGAGACUUGUAUAUAUAGUUGUUCCUACCAGUGCCGCAAUCUUCAUCCUUGUUUUUGGUGGUUUAUUUUACAUGGGAAGGCAGCAUGGUGGGAGCACGGAAAGCACUCAGGAAAAUCCUGACUUUCGUCUAUAUGACAGCGAGAAGCGAAUCAAAAUGUGGAUGGAUUCACGCCAAUUCGAGGAGGAUAAGAAAGGCCUAGACGUGCCAUUCUUUGAUUUAGAAAUUAUUCUAAAAGCGACAAAUAAUUUCUCGGAUGAGAACAAACUUGGAAGAGGAGGGUUUGGGCCUGUUUACAAGGCUACUUUUCCAGGAGGACAAGAAAUUGCAGUGAAGAGACUAUUGAGAGGAUCAGAACAGGGUUUUGAGGAGUUUAAGAACGAAGUCAUCUUGAUUGCCAAACUUCAACAUCGAAAUCUUGUCAGAUUAGUAGGAUAUUGUGUCAAAGGAGAUGAAAAAAUGUUACUAUAUGAAUAUAUGCCCAACAAAAGCUUAGAUUCGUUCAUAUUUGAUCGAACAAGGUGUUGGUUGCUGAACUGGGAGAUACGUUUUGAGAUUAUAUUGGGAAUUGCACGAGGAAUGCUCUACCUUCACCAAGAUUCAAGGCUGAGAAUCAUUCACAGAGAUCUCAAGACAAGUAACAUUUUGCUCGAUGAGGAGAUGACACCCAAAAUUUCCGACUUUGGUUUGGCACGGAUAUUUGAGGCAAAACAAAUUGAAGCAAGCACACAAAGAGUGAUUGGAACAUAUGGAUACAUGUCUCCGGAAUAUGCUUUGGACGGAUUUUUCUCAUUCAAGUCUGAUGUUUUUAGUUUUGGUGUCGUCAUACUGGAGAUUAUUAGCGGGACACGUAACACGGGCUUUUAUCGAUCCCAAGGAAAAAUGAGCCUUCUCACACACGCAUGGAAAUUAUGGAAUGACAAUAAAGCAUUGCACUUGAUGGAUCGGGUGCUGCACGAAACUUACAACAGAGAUCAAACUUUGAAGUGUAUAAACGUGGCGCUUUUAUGCGUGCAAGAAGACCCAAGUGAUCGUCCCACAAUGUCAGAUGCAGUUUUCAUGCUUGGUAGUGAAACAGCGACCCUUCCAGCUCCAAAGAAACCGGCUUUCGCAGUUAGGACAGACGUUUCUACGUCGACGUCUUCCAGCAAACCAGAGUCGUGUGCAGUGUUAUCGACUACUCUGGAACGAGGACGGUAAUGUUGGAUCUUCCUCGAAUCUAUUCCACAUCCUAAUGGUCGAAAGCUUUAGCCAUCAGGCAUUUUGUUUAACUAGGAAUGCGUCAAUUUUUGCCCCUUAAUGCUACUUUCUCCUCCAACAUAAUACAGUUCACUCCCUAUUUAUUGCCGAUGCUCCAAUAUUAACAUCCCCGAAUCGGCUUUUUGAUUCUUUUCCUGUCAUUUCCUGUACUUUUCUUUUGUAAUCAGUUUAUUCUGCUGCAAUUGAGUUGUAAAAUCAAUUUUCUCUCAGGUAAUUGUCAUCCUAUCAAACUCACAAUCUACCACACUCUAUCAUACUCCGCAAAAAUUUCAGUUUAUGAAUUGACUGAGAAUUCCCUCUUACUUAUCACUGA